AUGAAGCUGAACACACUGAUGUCGAUGUGUGCUGGUAGAGCCCUCGAUGCCAUCCAUUAUUGUGUAUUGAAGCCCCCUGCAGAAGGCUAUGAAUCGGCAAUGAACACUUUAAGACAAAGGUUUGGUAACACCGCAGUAAUUGUCCAAGCGUGGGUGAGAAAGAUCAUGGACAGACCAAGAGUUGAUAUUCCACGACUAGGGGAGUUUGCUGAUGACUUGGAAAAUUGUUACCAGGCACUCAGUGCACUAGGAUUUACUCAGGAACUCAACAACCAGAGUAGUCUCAGACAGAUUGUGGGCAAGCUACCCAAGUUUCUGCAGAACCGUUGGUCAAGCAAAAAUUACGAGUUGAAGUCAAAGAAUAUUGUUCCUGAGCUGGAGCAUGUUGUGAAGUUUGUGAGAGCUUCAACUUGGGAAGUGAACGACCCAGUAUUUGGAAAUGGAACAAGGGAGGCAGCUCUUGCUCAUCAUAAAUUGAAGAAGACUUCUUUUAGUACUUCAAUACAUUUUCAGCAACGUUCCAAAGGUGAUAUAUAUGCAGUGUGUAGCCAAUCACAUCCAGUUGAAACAUGCAGGACCUUCUUGGGCAUGAAGAGAACAAACUGUUAG